GGCGAGGGCAGGGACAGCCGAGCGGGGGCCGGGACAGCCGGGGCGAGGGCAGGGACAGCCGAGCGGGGGCCGGCGCGGCCGGGGCGAGGCCCGGGGCGGCCGAGGGCCGGCACAUUCCGGGCAGGCGCAGUGAGCGCACAGCGCUCCGGGCCCAUGGAGGCGGCGGGGCCGCAGCCCGCGGGCCCCGCGGCGGGGCCGCAGCCGGGCGCCGAGGAGAUCGACAUGUCCCUGGAUGACAUCAUAAAGCGCCACAGGAAAGAGCAGACAGAUGUCAGUGCCGUGGGCGACAGCAGAAGGCAGCAGGUCAAGAACAGGAGCUCAGCCUCCGGCUAUGGGCGGCCCCGAUACCGAGCCUGGAAGCAGAGGAAUUUGCAAGGACCUCAGCGUUUCAGAAGAGGCUUUGGACAGCAGCAGUUUGGUCGGAGACAGUUCAGGAAUGCUCUGCCUGGUGGCAAGAGAAGAGCAGCUGCUGCAUUCCAUGGAGUGAGCCCUUUGAACCGCCAGGACUCGGCUCAGGAGGGCACCAAGAAGAGCAAUGCUUUUGCCAAAAGCAGUGGUGAGCAGCAGGAGGAACAGCCACAGCCAUCUCCAAGCCCCAAGAGAUUCAGAGCAGAUGCUGCCAGCAUCCGUGCCCCAGGGAGAAGCAGCAGGCCUUUCCUGCUGAACAGAGGACCAGCGUUCCAGCAGAAGCGGAUGCAGCAGUGGUUCUCCAAAGCUCGCUUCCAGAGAUGGAUGGAUUCUCAAGGAGAAGGAAAACCGCCAAGGAUGAGAAGGUGGCGAGUGAAACCCAGCCCGGGAGCAAUUCUGACAGUUUCUGUGGUUAAUCCCCAAGCGGGCCUGCCCAGCCUGCCUGGAUCCAAGCGCCCAUUCCUGCCAAGCCAGAGACCCCCAGCACGGGUGGCCAAGCCCCAGCCCAAAGGGGUGCUGCUGAGGUUCAACUUCCGCGCCAUGGCCAACCAGACCAGCCUGACGCUGGAUGAGAGGUUCUCUGGUCUGAGGAAUAAGAGGCGCUUUACAGCGGCCAGGAGCGCCCGACGGACGGUCACCAUGCCUUAGGACACGUGCUCGUCACAGGGACUCCCUGGGACAGUCCAGGCUCCCUGACAAGGCCUCAAUAAAAGUCGUUAGAUUCCCUUCGA